CAAGACAUGCAAUGACUGUAUACAUACACAUAUAUCUAUGGCAAGAGAGACAAGGCAGGCGCUGGUGGUGAGCAGCGUCGUCGGAGAUGUCUUAGAGCCGUUUACGGCCGCCGCCGAGCUUCGCGCUUACACCGACGGCAAGGUCAUCAUCAGCGGCUGUCGUUUGAGGCCAUCCCAGGUUCGUGAACGGCCUAGGGUUGAGAUUGGAGGGCCUCGUGAUUUUCAGACCUUCUAUACUCUUAUGAUUGUGGAUGCUGAUGCUCCAAGCCCAAGCAACCCACACCUUAAGGAGUACUUGCACUGGUUGGUUACUGACAUCCCAGGAAACACAGAUGCUAGCUUCGGAAGAGAAAUAAUGAGCUACGAGAGUCCUCAGCCGACGGUAGGCAUCCACCGCCUUGUUCUGGCGCUGUUCCGGCAGCCGGGCGGCCGCCAAUCAGUGGCGGCGCCGCUGCGCCGGCAGAAUUUCAGCACUAGAGAAUUUUGUGGGGUCCACAACCUAGGUGCGCCGGUGGCAGCCUUGUAUUAUAACUGCCAUAGGGAAAACGGCAUAGGCUGCCGUAGAGCCUAAAAAAUUACAAGGAAGAAAUUAAUUAAUUUAGCAUAUAGUAUAUAUUAGAAAAAUUAUACUAUAUGCUAAAUUAAUUAAUUUCUUCCUUGUAAUUUCUUCCUUAUACUAGUAAAUUGUGCACCCAUUAAAUAAAAAAUUGAAAAAUUCAAUGAAUAGACAACGCGCAUGCGCAUUUUGUCUAUUUUCUAAUAGACGACGAGCUUGCGUCUGUUGUCUAUUAGCUGAUAGACGACGGACGCAAGUGCGUUGUCUAUUAGCGCCCCCAAUAGACUACACCCACAUAUAUGACAUGCAAUUUUCAAAUAGAUGACACGCUUUGCAUGUUGUCUAUUAGCAUUUUUCUUGUAGUGUUAUCAAGUGUGUAGCUAUGUCAUUGUAAUAAUUAAUAUUAAUAUAUGGUGGCUGUGACCGCAUCGUGUCUAUA